AUGAGUUUCUUCGAUAAACGAACUCCUUUUGAAAAAGCUAAAGAACAAACUCGUGAGAUUAGUAAACAAAUUCGUCAUGAAAAACGUCAACUAGAGCGACAAAUUAACCAAUCUGAUCGUGAAAUUCAACGUCUUUCCAUUGAUAUUCGUAAACAUGCAGCUAAUAAUAAUAAAGAUGCUCUUCGUACAUUAGCAAAAGCUAUUGUUAAAAUAAAACAUGAUAAAAGUCAUUUAUAUUCAGCAAAAGCUCAUCUUGAUACAAUUGAUAAUGCUGUUAAAAAUCAAUUAGCAAAUGUUAAAAUAACUGGAAUAAUGCAAAGAAGUAAUGAAGUUGCUCGUUCAAUGGCUCAAUUAAUGAAAGUUGGACAACUUCAAACGGUAGCUUCACAAUUUUCAAAAGAAUUAAUUAAAAUGGGUAUUAUGAGUGAAAUGAUGACUGAAGCAGUUGAUGCUGCUAUGGAUAAUGAUGAACUUGAAGAAGAAACUGAUGAAGAAGUAGCUAAAGUAUUAGACGAAGUUCUUACUGGUAAAAUAGGUAAAUUACCAAGUGUUGCUGUUAGUGGAACAACAAUAAAAGAAACUGAACCAGCAGCUGCUGCUGUAGCUGAUGUUGAUAGUGAAGAUGAAAUGGAACGACGUUUACAAGCAUUAAGAAGUUAA